AUUUCUCUCAUACACGGUAUCUAGAAAUGAGGUUUCUGUAAAAGCAAACCACAAAAAGUUUUGUACGUUGUAAAUUUACACAGUCCGCAAAGACAAUAUUUGUUUUCUAGUAUAUCAAGUGCAUUGUUUAAUAUUCAAGAUAAAAUAAUAGAAAGUCGCGUCUGGCGUUGUUUUUAAUUUAAAGUUUUCAAUUGUUCUACAACUGCGAAUAAAAUGCUUGAUGCUGAGGAGACCCCAUUGAAUUUAUUUCAAAGCCAUGGAUCGUCUGGAUCGUAUAAUGAGUUGGAUAUAUUUGCUUCAGCUAGUUUGGCGAAGAAAAGACAACGCACCUACUCCCGAUGGUCACCCAUUGAAGAGGGAGUGACUUUAGUUUGGGAAAAUCUUUCAGUAUACUCUUCGACAACAAAAAAUGGGCAGAUGCACCACAAACAGAUAAUUAACGGAGUUACCGGCGCUGUUAAAUCAGGCAGUUUGGUAGCUAUAAUGGGAUCAAGUGGUGCUGGGAAAAGCACUUUGAUGACUGCUUUAGGAUAUAGAACUGAAGGUAAAAUAUUAACUGAAGGCAACAUUCUCAUAAACGGUCGUCAAAUUGGGGACUAUAUGAAAUAUUUAAGCGGAUUUAUGCACCAAGAGGAUAUGCUGCUAUCUUAUCUUACAGUAAGAGAACACAUGAAUAUAAUGGCUAAUUUAAAACUUGAUAGAAGACUAUCGGGAAAUGAUAAAAAACAGUUAAUAUACGAUAUUCUCAGACAACUUGGACUAAUGAAGUGUAUUGAUCUUAAAAUUGGAGGUAUAGACCAGGCCAAAUCAUUAUCUGGUGGAGAGAAAAAGCGGUUGGCAUUUGCUACAGAGUUGCUUACAGAUCCACCUCUUUUAUUUUGUGACGAACCCACAACUGGCCUAGAUUCGUAUUCUGCUCAGAAAUUGGUGAUAAUUAUGAACCAAAUGGCCAUUACCGGAAAAACGAUUUUGUGUACGAUACAUCAACCUUCCUCAGAUAUAUUUGCUAUGUUUAGUCAACUAAUUUUAGUUGCCGAUGGACGUAUAGCUUAUAUGGGUUCUACCAACAAUGCUCUUGACUUCUUUGAAAGGAUGGGUUAUGUAUGUCCAACAUCUUACAACCCUGCUGAUUUUUAUAUUAAGACUCUAUCCACGACUCCAGGUUACGAAGACAACUGUAGGCAAACAGUUAAAAGAAUAUGUGACCAAUUUGCUGUUAGUGAUGAAGCAAAAGAAGUCGAAAUUGUAGUACAAUACGAACUUCAUAUGGGCAGAGUUGCAACACAAAGAAAAUUUGAAUUGCGUCAAAAUUUCAAAGAAAUUCGUUGGUUGCCAAAAUUGUUUUGGUUAACGUACAGAUGGAUUUUGGAGAUUUAUAGAGACCCGUCAUUGGAGGCAAUGAAAAUUGCACAAAGAAUGCUGAUUGGCUUCAUAGUCGGGUUCUGUUAUCUUGGGACAGAUGCCUUAACACAGAAUGGUGUACAGUCUGUGACAGGAAUAAUCUUUAUGUUUGUUAGCGAAAAUACAUUUAAUCCCAUGUACAGUGUGCUGCAUCAAUUUCCAUCUUACUUACCCUUGUUUUUAAGGGAGUACAAGUCUGGUUUAUACCAUCCUGCAACUUACUAUUUAUCAAGAAUUUUGUCAUUGCUGCCAGGAUUUAUAUUGGAACCAUUAAUAUUUGUAAUAACUGCUUACUGGUUAGCUGGACUACGUACUAGUGGAUAUGCAUUUCUAAUGACAUUAUCGGUCAUUGUUCUGACUAUGAACGUUUCAUCAGCUUGUGGUGUCAUGUUUUCAAAUGCUUUUGAUUCUGUUCCUACAGCUCUAGCAUAUUUAGUACCAUUUGACUACGCCCAUAUGAUUACAUCAGGUGUCUUCGUGAAACUGAGUACUCUUCCAAUUGUAUUUUCUUGGAUAAAAUAUCUGUCCUGGUUAAUGUAUUCGACGGAAGCGUUAUACAUAUUGCAAUGGAAAGAUGUUAGUAAUAUAUCUUGUGUAAAUCCACCAGAAGGUUUCUCUUGCAUGAAUAAUGGACGAGACGUUUUGGCAAGAUAUGACUUUAAAGAAACCGAUUUUCAAUUUGACAUCUUUGGAAUGUUUGUGUUGCUAUUAUGUUUUUAUAUUUUGGGAUACUUUUUCUUAUGGAGACGUGUAAGAUAUCAUUAAAUAGAAAAUAUUGUGUUU